AUGCGGAGCUUCAUAGAUAUUGAUGAAUGCUCUUCUGGAAGCAACAAUUGUCACCUGGACCAGGCUUCUUGUGCAAACACCAUUGGCUCCUUCGCAUGCACAUGUACACCUGGGUAUACAGGAGACGGAAUAAACUGUGCAGAUAUUGAUGAAUGCUCUUCUGGAAGCAACAAUUGUCACCAGGACGCUACUUGUGCAAACACCAUUGGGUCCUUCGCAUGCACAUGUAAACCUGGGUAUACAGAAGACGGAAUAAACUGUGCAGAUAUUGAUGAAUGCUCUUCUGGAAGCAACUAUUGUCACCGGGACCGCGCUACAUGUGUGAACACCAUUGGGUCCUUCGCAUGCACAUAUUGCGCUAUAGGUAUGGAAUCGGGCGUUAUAAGUGACUCUGCAAUCAUUGCAUCGAGCUAUUUUACAAUCGGAAUUUUUACACUACCGCCUGCAAAUGGCCGCCUUAAUAACGAAAAAGCCUGGGCGUCAGCAUCUCAGAGCGCUGAAGAGUACCUUCAAAUCGACCUGGGGCGUGAGACAACAGUCACCAAGGUGGCCACUCAAGGACACCCGGAUUGGUAUGAGUGGACGAAGAGCUACAAGAUCGGCUACAGCACCGAUCUAUUCACCUGGAAACUGUACCGAGAGGGAGAACAAGAAAAGGUCUUCCCCGGAAACACAGACAGGAACACUGUUGUCUAUGGAGUGUUGGCACAGCCCAUUGUUGCACGUGGUAUCCGGAUCAUCGUGGUAACUUUCCAGCACUGGCCUGCUUUGAGGGUGGAGGUCUACGAAUGCAUGUGA